AUGAUUGAUAAUUUUUUAAAAUUUUGGCAUAGAGAAAAAUUGGCAUUUUGAGCAUCAAAUAAUAAUAUAGCACAAAAAAUAUUUGCAUUAAAAUCAUAUCAAAUAUUUAAAAAUCUUUUUCGGUGGAGGUUUGAAGCUUCUUCUAAAUCUGUUAAAAAUGAAUCUAAGAACUUUAAAGAAUUCACUAUUUAUCAUAGAUAA